UGUAGUUUAAUAUUUGUCCAUCAGAUGGAGCAACAGUCGCUUCUCUAAAUAUCGAAUUUCUACUGCGAGGUCGAGAGUGAGUUCUGUGGCAUUUGGUUCUAACUUCUUGACAGUGGAUUAAUAUAUAUUUUUGUACUAUUUUAAUUUAGUGAAACAGUUUUGUCAACUAUAUUGAAUUAUUGUCAGCGACAAAAAGUAUUUGAUGAUUUCACGGAGAUAAUUAUAUUAAUAGAAUCACUAUUUAAGACAAAUAAAAAGAGAAACAUUCAGCAACAGGAACAUUCACGGAUGCGAGUCAAAAAAAAAUCUGAGGAUGUCCCAGUGGAGAAAAUGUCAAAAAAAAUGAAACUGGAAUCUACAAUCAGAACCUGGAUCGCAAAACCUGUAUUAGCACCAGAAUUAACAGAAGAACCAAGCUAUAUUGAAUUUUAUGUUGGAAUAUUAAAAGAUAGAAAAACAAUAUCUAAAGCAAUUCAAAGUAUUUCUGCCGUGCUUCCCGGAUUUCAUCAUCUAAAAAGAUGUUCUUAUCAAAAAAUUCUUAUUUGUCCAUGUAAAGAGACAUUAUCAAAAACUAACGAAGAAAUUUCUUAUGUAAAAGAGAAUUUUAAUUUAUCACAAGAAAAAUUAAAAUCUUUUCUCAUAAAUAAAGGAUUUGACCUUACUCUUCUUGAAGAUAAAUUUGAAAUCAUUUCUGUUCCACUUAAAGCACCAAAAACAAAAAUACAAGCAGCUAUAGCUUCUAAAAUAUGGCCAAUUAAUUUUCAUCCUGACAUUAGACUUGAGUCUAUAUUAUCUGGCAAAGAAUUUGACGAUAAUCAAUUAAAUUCAAUGGAAAAAUGUAUGCGAUUAAUAAUUGAAGCUGCAAAAAGAGAAUCCAUUGGAAAUGAAUAUUGUACCGGUAGUGCAAUGAUAAUUGAUCCAGAAAGUGGAAAUAUUUUAUCAUUAGCAGCAGCUAAAAUCAAUUUACAUCCAAUGUAUCAUGCAUCAAUGUUGGCCAUUGAUCUUGUAGCUAAAUUACAAGGUGGUGGUGUGUGGGAAUUGAACAGUAAAAUUUCCUCUGAAAACAACACUUAUGAUGAUAAAUUAGAGAAUAAAAAGAAAUUUCAAGGGGCAAUUCCACUUUGUUAUCCGGCAUCCUUGUCACAUAUUGUAUUUCCUGAAUUAGAACCAUUCAUAAAGACGAGAGAGAAAAGAUUAGAAAAUUUAAAAGAUAAUGAUACAUCUAAAGAGGGAUCUUAUUUAUGUACAGGAUAUUGGAUAUUUUUACUUGAGGAACCAUGUCCACUUUGUGCAAUGGCAUUAUUACAUUCAAGAGUUAAUAAAAUAUUUUACGGAAAGGCAAAUAUUUCUUCAGGAGUCCUUGGAAGUAAAAUUGUCUUGCAUUCGUUACCUGGUCUUAAUCAUCGUUAUCAAGUCUGGUGUGGGAUUCUCGAAUCUGAAUGUAAACAAAUGACGGAAACCAUAUCGUAGUUUAAACGUAUCAUUUUGUAAUAAGGGAUUUACAAAGAUUGAUUUAUAUUAUCUUUGAAACCUCCAUUUUUUCUUAAAAUUUCAAAUUCAAAAGACUAAAUUAAAUGUCAUAAAAUUUAAGUAAAUAAAAUUCUAUUCAGUUUAAAUGAAAUAAUAAUGAUUGUGUACUGAUAACACAAUGUGAUGAUAUACAAAAAAAAGCGAGUAAAUUACUUCCUUUACACUUUUGUAAUUAAAUCGGUAGGGGGGGACAUUUAUUGUAAAAUAGCCUCGACAAUCCCAAAAUGUACUUCAAAUUUAUUUACUGUGUUGAGAACAUUUUUUUUUUUGCCUUUUAAGUGUAGUUUCAUAAAUUUAAAUUUUUGUAUCUUCUAAAAAAUGUGUGUAAAAUAUUUUUUUAAGUGAAUAAAAUCAAAAUUGAUUCUUUAAUUGAAAAUUCUACUCUUCUUGUUUGCAUUAAUAAUUAUGAAGGUUUAUGUUUUUCAAAAAGACGUGAUAUUUAUCUGUGAAAUAAAGUGAAAACUAUUUCAGUUCUCGCGAUAUCUUCCUCCAAUAAGAGAGGAAUGGAUAAAAAUUUCUUUAUUAAUUUAGUAUUUAAAAAAUUUUUUUUUAUCGAAUUAAUAUCAUCAAAUAUUUAAGCAAAAUGUGUUUGUUAUACAAAAAUGGUGUGUGUAGGGAAAAAAAAUAUUUUUUAAAUUAUUUUUUUUGGUACUGUAUAAUGUAAAUUAUAUAUAUAUAUAUAUAUAUAUAUAUAUAUAUUUAUGUGUGUUUUUAAUCAGUGCCAUUGGAGUUUUGUAGGCAUGCAGGUUUCUUUAGAUAUAUAGAUAUAGUUUAUAAUUCAUCUUGAAAAGAGUAAGAUGCGUUUAAAGUCUGACCUUACCGAUUGACAUUAAUCAAACAAACCUCAGGCGUUUUGCUUCAUCAAGUUGGUCAUCAUUUGUUAAAGAAAUUUUUGUAUCACGUUUCUGGAUCUGAUUCUCAAAAUAUUUUAUUCAGUUGACGAGAGAAACAAAACUCAAUUGUCUGGAGAUAACAAUUUAUGAAAAAGAAUUAACAACUUUGAAGAUUUACUGAACAAAUAAAAGAGUAAUUUGUCGCUAUCGAGAUUACUAAUCAAAAAAAAAAAAAAAAGAAUUCUUUAAGUGCCUUUGAUGCGUAUUGGAAUUAUUUUCAAAUUAGAGUCACACCAAACUUUAUUGUGAGAGAGUGGAAAAUUUUAAUUUCAAAAAGUUGUUGAGAAAACAAAAAAAUAGUUGACCAAGUGAAUUAAAAAAAAAAAAAAAAAAUUUUUUUUAAUACUGUUGUCAUUCUUGAAGAAAUCUUGAGAAAAGUUUAUUUAAUUUCACAAGAAUCAUAAGGUACGGGGGAUAAACGCGUUUUGUUCAUCAAGCGUUGAGUGGUUCCAAUUGAGGGUCAGGUCGAUUCUCUUUCCCCACUCCUAUUGGUCGACCUCUUAAUCUUUCUUGGGAUUAGAUCACAACUCAUAAUUGUCGCGUAUGCGACUGCUUCACUUGAGUAUUUGUCACAGCACUUUCAAACUGUCAGCAUCGAUUUUUCUCUUGAAAAAUCAGAAAAAAAAGUUCUUAGUUUUCUCAAAGUCAAGGAGAGGAUAUAUUAUUAUUAAAAGUUAUAAAUGAAAACAAUUGGAAUAAAUUGAUUUGGAUAUUUUUUUUUUUU